GAUAAAAUCUUUCCUUAUCUACUGAGUUAGAGCAAAAUAUGAGUGACCAACUUUCAAAUGGGCCUUUGAAUGCAAAUUUCAGCAAGGCAAAGCCUUAUAUUCUUAUGAUAUUCUUGCAAUUCGGUUCGGCCGGGAUGUACAUAAUCAGCAUGGUAACCCUCAACCAGGGCAUGAACCGUUACGUUCUCGUUGUGUAUCGUAAUGCCAUUGCUGCACUCGUACUUGCACCUUUCGCACUGGUGCUUGAGAGGAAAACAAGGUCAAAGAUGACGUUCUCAAUCUUCCUACAAAUAAUGACCUUGGGAUUUCUAGAGCCAAUCCUUGAUCAAGGCUUCGUUUACUUGGGAAUAAAAUAUACAUCAGCAUCAUUUACAUCUGCAAUUAUGAAUGCUGUCCCUUCAGUCACCUUUGUGAUUGCACUCAUUUUCCGAUUGGAGCAUGUGAAGAUGAAGGAAGUACGCAGUAUAGCGAAGGUGAUUGGGACCCUGGUGACUCUAUCAGGAGCUUUACUUAUGACACUUUACAAAGGCCCUGUGAUUGAACUAAUCUGGUCAAGGAACACAAGCCACCAGGGGAGUGGCGGAACCCACGAAUCGGCUGAUAAACACCGGAUAUCUGGGACACUACUGAUCCUUGUUGGUUGUGUUGCCUGGUCCUGUUUCUAUGUUCUGCAAUCAAUUACCAUAAAGAAAUACACGGCGGAGAUAUCUCUUUCCUCAUUGAUAUGCUUGGCGGGUGCUAUACAGAGUUUGGCAAUUGCCUUGGCGGUAGAACAUCACCCUAGUGGAUGGGCUAUGGGCUGGAACUCGAGGCUUUUUGCUCCUUUGUACUCUGGUAUAGUUAGCUCCGGGAUUACAUAUUAUGUGCAAGGUCUGGUCAUGAAAACAAUGUUGCGAACGACGGCUAUCGGAUAG